AUGACCACCGAAGAAAAGGACAAAGACAGUAUGGGCCCACCAUCCCCGACCGUGGACAAGCUCCCCGAAACCUCCCUCUGGACCAACAGCAAAUGCCUCCUAAUUUGUGCCCUCGUCUCCCUCGCCAACAUGCAAUACGGCCUCGACAGCGCUUGUCUCGCCGCCCUUCAGGCGAUGCCAGGUUUCCUCAAGGUGUUUGGUUACCCGGACCCCAGUGCUCCCGGUGGUUAUGGCAUCGGCCACACCUUCCAACAACUCCUCUCCUCCUUUCUGACCCUCGGCUCCCUCCUCUCCACCCUUUUCGCCGGACCCUUCUCCCACCUCUAUGGGCGUCGUCCUGCCCUCCUCCUCGCGUGCUUUCUCACCGCCCUCGGCACUGCCAUCCAGAUUGGUACUUCUUCCGCCGCCGCUUUAUAUGUGGGUCGGAUAAUCCUCGGCAUCGGGAACGGGUUUCUCGUGACUUUCUCCAACAUUUAUUGUGCUGAAGUGGCGCCGCCGCAUCUGAGAGGUGUCAUGGUCGCGCUCUUCUCGGAAUGGGUCUGCGUGGGAAGUGUACUGGGCGCGGUGGUGACGAAUGCGACGAAGGGGUGGCUGGGGAAAGGGAGCUGGAGGGUGCCGCUGGGCGUGCUGUUUGUUGUUCCUGUGGUGUUGUCGGCGGGGGUGUGGUGGGUGGUGCCGGAGAGUCCGAGGUGGGAGGUCAGUCGGGGGCGGUACCAGGAGGGAAGGAGGGCGUUGGAGAGGCUGAGAGCCGUAGGCGAGGAUGACAAGGAAGGUCAGGAAAGGUUGGAGGUUGAGUGGGUGGAGAUGGUCAAAGGGAUCGAAGAGGAGAAGAGGCUGGCGAGUACGGCUGGGCCGUUGGAUAUGUUCCGCGGGAGUGAUUUGCGACGAACGCUGUUGUGUUUCGGAGUGAUCGCGACCCAGGCUGGGAGCGGGAGCUGGUUCUAUAUCAGCUACUCGACGUAUUUCAUGAUUGUGUCGGGACUGCCGGUGGAUUUGUCGUUCAAGUACAGCAUCAUGAAGACGUGUAUCAGGUUUGUCGGGGUCAAUGUCGGCAUGUACUUGAUGCGCUAUGUCAUGGGCCGGCGGACGCUGAUGACGACGGGAGCGGUGGUGCAGGGCAUGUUCAUGUUGGGCAUGGCCAUCUCGGCGACGACAGAGGCGGGCACGAGGAGGGCGAGGGAUAGUCUGAUUGCGUGUAGUGCCCUGUUCAACUUUGCGUAUAAUGCGUUUGUGGGCAUCGCGAGUUACCCCGUGGCGACGGAGCUGGUGAGCACGAGGCUGCGGUCGUACACAGUCGGGGCGGCCAUCAGUCUGGGGUAUUUCCUGGCGUGGUUGACGUCUUUCUGCUCGCCGUACUUUAUCAACCCGGAGAACAUGAACUGGGGCGCAAAGUAUGGCUACAUCUGGGCCGGGUCCAAUUUCUGUUGUGCCUUGUUCUUCUUCUUCUUUCUCCCGGAGCUAAAGGGUCGGGCGCUGGAGGAGAUUGACGAGUUGUUUGAGCGGAGGGUUCCGGCGUGGAAGUUCAAGUCGGCCGAGACGUCGAUUGUCAGCGAGGCUAUCAAGGAGAGGGGGGAAGUCGGGGAGGACGGAGAGAAGCCAGCGACGGUUCGAGAUUGUCGAGGAGCGCGAGAAGGAGUCUACAUGCAAACCGAUGCAAAUGCAAUAAUGCCCCAACCCAAGUCUAUCACCUCGCGGAACAAUGCAACCGGUAACCGGAAAACAACCAACAAAGCUACACCUUCACCACCGCAAAGCCACCUCUACCUCUACUAA